AUGGGAAGUUACACGUUUCGCUGGCCCCACGAUGCAAACGAGGUCUACGUGACGGGGACCUUCGAUGACUGGGGGAAAACUGUCCAGCUGGAGAAGAAAGGGGACUUUUUCGAGAAGGAGGUUCACUUGUCCCCGACGGACGAGAAGCUGCACUACAAGUUUGUUGUCGACGGCACUUGGACUACCGAUACGACUGCCCCAGAGGAAGACGACGGUAGUAACAAUAUCAACAACGUCCUUUAUCCCGAUCAGAUCCACGAAGAAUCCCAAUCAAUCCUCCAGAACGGUGCUCCAGUCAUGGCCGGAGUGACGCCCGACUCCACGACCGCUGCCCUGGCAGGUGGUGUGCCCAAAGAAUCCAGUAAGCAUAUCGUCGGGGAUGCCGCCUUUUCGUCGGCGGCCCCUGGGUCGACAACCGCCGAGCUGGCCAAGAAUGCUCCCUUCGAACAAAGAGCCAACGUGCCUGGGACCUUCCCCGCGACUCCCGGGCUUGAGAACGUGUCUAUCAACCCUAUCCCCGCCUCGAGCGGCACGGGCAACCCCAUCUCGUUGAAGCCCGGCGAGAAGGUCCCCCACCCCAGCACGUUCAACUCCAACACGAUCCAGUCCACUGCCCGGACGGACCAGGCUGGGUACGAACAGGAUGCCAGUCAUUCUUUGACGGGUGGUCAGACCAAGGGGGUCGGUGAGAGCACAGCCGCCGCCGCCGCUCCUCCGACAUCUAAGACCCUCAUUCCCGAGUCUAGCCUCCCCAUGGGCGAGGGCAGUCAGGGUGCCUCUGAUCCCGUCACGAUUCAGUCGGCUGCCCCUACGUCCACUACUGCCGCUCUCGCUGCCGGCGUUCCCCUCGAGUCUCAGAAGCAUCAGGCCAACGGCGGAGUGGGAUCGCCCGCGAGCGAGGUGCCCGACGUGGUGAAAGAUUCUCUUUCCAAGGCUCACGAGUCUCCGGAGGCCGCUGCCUACAAGCCGGCCGUGGAAGAGAAGAAAGACCUGGAGAGUGAGCUGCAGAAGGUGGUUCCCGUCGAGCAAUCGAGCGGAACUCCCGCGCCCGCCGUCACUGCCGCUACGACAGACAAGGCUCCCGGAGCGACUACGGAUCAAGCCCACAAAGCCUCGGCUGCUACGACAGAGGAGCCUCCCGCAGCUACGGGACCCCCGAUCGACACCACCCAGCUGUCUCCUCGCGCCACCACCCCGACCGAAGGGCCCACGGUGACUACCGGCCCCGAGGAAUCGGCAGUCCCCAAGGAACAGGGACCGGGUGCGCAGGAGCAGAAGGAUUUACCCGCUACUCCGGCUGACCAAACCAAGGGGAAUACCGGGGACAAGGCAGCCGCCGCGAACAACACCAAGAUGGAAAAUGCUUCGAAGGGUGCCGAGAACGGCGCCAAGGAUGCCGACAAGAACGGUGCCGACAAGAACAGUACGGGCAAGGAAGAAAAGAAGAAGCAGAACCGCGUGAGCGGGUUCUUCCACAAGCUCAAGGAGAAGUUGAAAUAG